AUGGUAUCUAGAGUUAAGAAAAAUAAGGGGGAUGCUGUACGAUAUAAGAGAUCAACCAAAAGAGUUGGUUGCAAGGUGAAGUUGAUAUUGAAAAUUGAUAAAAAGAAAGGAACGUAUUUUGUUUUCAAGUUUAUUGAUGGGCGUAGUCAUUGUCUUAUUACCCCUACAUCGCGACACUAUAUAAGGGGUAAUAGGAAAAUGACUAUUUUACACAAGAAUUUCAUAUCAAAAAAUGCACGAAUUAAUGUAGGACCAGUCAAAUCAUUUAGACUUUUAGAGGAAAAUGUAGGGAUUUAUGAAAAUGUGGGAGCUAUUAUGCAAGAUUUCAAAAAUUUUCAUAGAGAUUUCAAAAAUUACAUCAAAGGUGAUGAUGGAAAGAUGUUGAUUGAGAAUUUCAUUAAGAAAAGAGAUAUUUUCCUGGGGUUUUAUUUUGACUAUGCACUAGAUGAGGAUAACCACAUUUCACAUCUUUUUUGGGCAGAGGCAAUUAGUAGGAAGAAUUAUGCCCUACUUGGAGAGAUGGUCACCUUUAAUUAUCAUCAUAGGUCUUAUAUUACAUUUGGUGUUGGUUUGUUGGCUAAAGAGGAUACUGAGUCAUUUGAGUGGUUGUUUAGGACGUUUUCAUACUGUAUGGGGGAUUGCAAAGUAGGACCUGAAUUGAACAAAGAUGAGUUUUUUAUGAAAGAAUUAAAUAGUUUUGUGUGGAAUGUUGAACAAGAAGAAAGUGAGUUUGAAGAAAAAUGGGAGUCAAUCAUGAUAAAGUAUAAUCUUCUUGAGGAUAAAUGGUUUUGUAACUUUUUUAGCAUACGAGACCAAUGGAUACCGACAUAUUUUAGGGACAUCACAUUGGGAGGGAUUUUGAGAACUACAUCUAGAUCAGAGAGCAUUAACAAUCUUUUUAACAAUUUUUCAAACCCACAUGAUGCUUGUUGA